AUGGAGGUAUUUGACUUUAACGAUUUGCGUCAUUGCCUCCCUAGCUUACAAACCCCCUCAACGACGAUACAGAACAAUACUCUUCCAAUUGCCAGCCAAGAUGCCCCUCCUGUGAAGACCUCAGGAAAAGGAGGAAAAGCAGCAAGGAGGAGACUCGAGAAGCAAAAGCUCUUUAAUCUUAGCGAUGCAGAGGUCAGAGCUUUCGGAGCUACGCACCUGGAUAUGGAACUGCCAUUACGAUCAAGACUUUGGGACGAGAAGAACAUUGCUGUCUUUCGAGAACAAUACGUGGGCAAGCGGGAAUAUGGAUGGACGACGAACUCUGAUGGAGCACUUGAGUGGGAUCGUGAGCUUUACCGUCGCAAGGGCCUCACCAAGGAAGAAGCUGCUCGUAUCAAUCUUGAACACGGCGAAGCCUCAAUGAAAGGUGAUGAAGAAGUAGCUACUACAUGCGCCACAGGACGAAAAUCGAGAUUGAAGGGGGCGAAGACAGCACGACAAAAAUCCAGAGCCGAAGCCAAAGAAAGAAAACGUCUUCGCAUCGAUACUAAAAUGACUGAGCCAUCUCAGCGUGUAAUCGACAGUUAUCGUCCUGGAUCCUUCAAUUAUCGCCGUGUUGGCCGCCGAGGCCGUGCCCCUGGAGACGAGUAUCGCCCUCAGAGUCACCCUGAAAAGGAUCCCCGAGGCCAGCCUACAGCAGAGGAAGUAGCCAUCAGACCUGAUUAUACGCACCUUCCAGCACUUACUCAAGAAAAGAAGUCUUUGGGACGUGAGGUUAUGGAAUUUGUCGGCAAGUGUACAGGCAUGCAGGCUACUGAAAUAGGCACAGAGGCUUUUCUCAACGAGUUGUGUGCCAAGAUCGUUCCAUUAGAGGCAAAAGAUGAAUUCAGUGCCAUCAAGAAAUGGGAGACUGAGCGACAACGUGGAGGAGGAUUGAUUUCCAGAGAGUACAAAGAGCUUCAGCGUUUGAGAGCCACCUCAAUCUAUGGUCUGGUAUUUUCACAUCACUAAUCUCAGCGACACCUACACGUUGGCUAACCUACUUCGCAGAAACCCAAGCAACAUGGUAGGCUAACACAUCUGGAGUCCCAAGUGGCAGCUUAUGCUGCUGCAAAUACUGAAAAUCGGCCUGUCUCCGAGGAGAUGAUGACACAAAUCGUACGAGAAAUACUCCAAAAGGAUCCAAAAGAUCAUGAGGUGAGGGACCGGAUUUAUUAGGAGAUUGAAUCUUUUUAACAUUUUGUCUUAGAGUCGAGAUCGCCGUUUCCUCGACGAAUAUGAUUUUCUUUACCUAUACGCAAACCCAAUCUGGGCAGCCCUGGUCGGAACACUUCGAAGAUCCAAACGUAUGGCUGGACGUCAAGGAGGAAAUGGUACCGUCGAGGAGGAGAUGGUACCGUCGAUACAGCCAUGA